AUGGCUUUUGACUCAAGUCAGACUUCGAACGCAUGCAAUCUAUUGGUGGGCAAUCCAACCGCCGCGUAUAACUCGUGCCGCGCCGCCUCUGCUGAUUUAGAAGCUUCUUCUUCCGCCGAACCGCCGUUUACCGAAGCUUCCAUAGGAGCCUCCGCGCCGCUGCUUACCAAGCCUAGCUGGCUGGUCAAGGUCCGAGGCGCGCUCACCCCGCGCGAAUGGAUCACCGUCGGAUGCCUCGCCGCCGCGAUCUGCGCGCUGCACGUGAUUGGCUGGGGCACGCUGGUCGUGUUUGUGGUGCCCGGGCAUUACACCUUGCCGGGCGGGGGCGGCACGUUAGGCGUGGGUCUGGGAGUGACGGCGUAUAUGCUGGGCAUGCGGCACGCGUUCGACGCCGAUCACAUUGCAGCAAUUGACAACACGACGCGCAAGUUCCUAGCAGAGGGGAGGAGGACGCUGACGGUGGGGUUCUGGUUUGCCCUCGGCCACUCCUCCGUGGUCUUCCUCGCUGCGCUCAUCAUUGCAGUGGGCUUUAAGGCCUUCCCAGGAGAGGUGGAAUCGGAGGAGUCGCAGCUGCAUGUGAUUCUCGGCCUUGUGGGUGCGCUUGUCUCCAGCAUCUUCCUGCUGCUUAUAGGCGCCAUCAACCUCCUCGUUUUAAUUCACCUCGUUAAGGUGUUCCGUGCAACACGGAAUGGCACGGCUAGAGAAGCAGACUUAGAGGACUUGACACUACAGGGGGGGAUGUUCGGCCGCUGCCUGGGCCGCAUCGCAGCGCUGAUAAAGCACCCGCCCCAGAUGUACCUGUUGGGGUUCCUCUUUGGGCUUGGCUUUGACACGGCCACGGAGGUCGCUCUGCUCUUCAUGGCUGCUGGUGCUGCUUCCUCCGGCCUGCCCUGGUUCGCGAUCCUCUGCCUUCCGGUCGCUCUGCUCUUCAUGGCUGCUGGUGCCGUCUCCUCCGGUCUCCCCUGGUUCGCCAUCCUCUGGUCAUAUUCGCUGCUGGUACGCCUGUAG